GCCUGUGCCGCUCAGCUGAGACGUGAAGAGCUGCAAGGAGUGGCGGAAGGGAGCAAAGGGAGGGAGUGCACGAGCGACGGCUGGAAGUGCAUGAGAGUGCUAGAGGAGGAAAACAGGUCGAGGAGUGAACGCGGGGGGAGGACGAGAGUGGGAGACAGAGAGCGUUAGUGGAGCACAGAGAAGAGGAGAGCGCAUCUGUUGACCUGCAUCUUCUAAAGAACUGAUCCAGACAGACAGGAGAAAUCAUGGCCAACCUAACUGCCACUAUAAACCCAAGUAAUCUCUCGUGGCAUGAAGAGGCCAUCUCUCUCUCCCAUGUCUCCUUGCAAGUCCAGGAAGUGUACCCCUUCCAUGACGGCUGGAACGUGGCGUGCUUCGUCAUCCUCCUGCUCUUCAUCCUCACUGUCCUGUCUCUGGCGGCCUUGGCCGUGCUCUACGAGCUACUUGACUGUGGGUGCUGCGCCAAAGAGAAGACACAUCACCAGCUACAGGAGGAGGGGCCGGGGAGCUGCAGCAGGCUCAUGACCAGCAUUUGCAAGGAGCCCGAAUCACACACUGAGGUGGUCUAAAGGCGGCCAUGACAACAUAAAGGAACUGAAGGAACUGAUGCUGAUGCACAGAGAAAUGAACUUCUACAACAAUGUAAUAGUGGUUCAGCUGCUCACAUUGAAAAGGGAGCCCAGAUACCGUUAAAAAUGAAGGGGGCAGUGUUUCAUUGAUUUGGAGUGAGUCUUAAUAGUCUUUUUUAUUUUGUCUAUGAGGAAACGCUCACACAGAUACAUUCACUACCACUUAACAUAGAGUGCAGACCCCGAAAGCCAUAUUUUACACCAGAAAAUUAUCAGGAGAAAGAGAGGGCAGCGGUAUAGAAAUUUAAAAUGAACUAGUUUUUACUUUGUUUUCUUUUUUAAUUGGAACAAAUAUCAUACAUUUAAAAAAGAAAUCAAGUUUUCUUGUUCAGCGACACCUGCCCUGUGAGUACUGCAUAUAAUUAUUACCUGUUUGAUCCAGAGAACCAUCUACGAGAGCUUGUAAAAUGUUGUACAGAAUGUUGUACAAGAAUUUGCAUAUUCUUGUUUCCCAAGCAGCAAAGAC